UUCUCAAGGUCUAAAUGGGUUUUGUUUCAGCUGCAGCCACUGUAGCCCCUCUGAAGAUGGGAAGAGACACGCUUCUGUGUCACAGCCGAGUCUGCUCCGUGUUGGUUAAACAUUGCACGUGCGGCGAUUAAUUCUAUUUUACAGUGCAAAUGUAAAAAGAUAAAAAUGUUCUUGCUUCUGAAUAGAAGAGAAGCAUUUGUAGAUAAACGCUUGGAACGCGAAGCCGGUGUUUGAUCUCUGGAAGACCGACCAGUGAGGGCCUGGGUGGGCCGGGGGUGGUGAAGGUAUUAAAUUAUAGGGCAGACGCGGAGGCUCUUCAGAAAGGGAGGUGUAUGCACUCCCACACCAAGGGACUCCCAGGGAUGGAACGGGUGGAGUUAGGUGGAAUCUGCCACGCAGACCAUCUUAGGGUUUCUUCUCAUCCCCUUGGACAGCAGCCACUGGGGAGCCCAGGGACCAGGCCAUGGGGCAGAAGCCAAGAGAGAUUUGGGACCAGCUGGCAGGACCAGGUUAGGCCUGGAGGCUCCCGCCUGAGACAGGAUGAGGCUUAAGGGUGCCAGGCCAGGGAGCGCUCUCCUGCUUCUGGGUGCUGCUUUUGUGCAGGGGAGCAAAAGCCUUUGCACUGAGGCUCUGGUUCAUGUAGGUCUGCGAGGUUUCCCACACCCACGGACCUGUUGUGGGCCUGCCUCCCCCCAACAGCCUCCCCACCCAGCCUGCACAAAACCUGCUUCUCUGUCUCUGGGUAUCAGAUCUCCAGGGGAAGCUUCCUUUUGCUGCUUCAGCACUUCCGCUGCCACCUCCGGCUGAAGGAGCCUGAAAGGGGAUCUGCCCCCGGGCUCUCCCCAGGGAUGGAGGGAAAAGGAAAGAGGACGGCUGUGAGGAAUGGCAGCCGAGGUGGGUGGGAGGGCAAAGGCUUUCCGGAGGGCGGCUGCUUCUGGCCAUGUCUUUUUGCUGCCAAGCCCCUCAAAAGAAGGCAAGUUGCUUCCCCACCCGCCACUUUUUUCCAGGCAUAGGACAAACAUGUGAUGGGGGGGGGACAGGAGAAACAAAUUGCCCCCCUUUCUUCCCCAUGUUCUUCUUGCACACACACAAAACCUUCUGAGUCAUGUUUUGGCUGCUGCCUUUUGCUGCGAUCAAGCAGGCCUUGCAGGAGAUGGACGUCCCUGUGUGGAAUCUUUACUCUUGCUGUGCCCACCUGGAGCCCCUUUGCACCCGGGCAGGCAAGGCGGGCAGGCGGGCAAGCAGGGUGGCAUGACUCCUUGGUGGGCACCACCUGGCCACAAGGAAAGCCCACUGUUGGGCAGGGAGAGGAGGAGAGAGAGGCCAGCCGGGCCCCACGUGCUUUGCAGGCAGAACCUCCUGGCCGGAAACUCCGGCUACGCAGACAGCCAGACAGAGAAGGAGGACGAAUCCUUUUCGUCUGGUUCAGUGGCCCCGAUAAGGUCCCUGUGCAAUUAGAGCCAAUUAAGGAGAAACACAGAAGGACAAGUGUUUGGACAACGGGGAGGCGGAGUGGCCGUGGGCGACGGAGGGUCGAUGUCACAAUCCGAUUUCCCAACCGUGAAAUGCAAUUAAGGGGCAUUAACUUCCCCGUUUGCCUGAAAGCCUCCCCUAUAAAAAGGGCAAGCCGGGAAGAGUGGCCUCCUCCGCCUGCCGCCCCUGCCCAGGAUGCGCACCUUAGCUGGGAAGAGCGGCCGGCUGGGGGCCCCCCUCUCCUGCCCCACCCUCAAGCUCCGUGAAGCCGUCUCGGUGUACUUCACCCUGCUGGUCGCCUUCCUGGUCCUCUUGGUGGUGGCCCUGCAGGGCACCGAUCCGCAGGAGCGCGACUUCCCUUACCGAGUGCCCCUGGACCCCCGGGGCCUCCUGCAGCUCUCCUGGAGCGUCAGCUACCCCCGCGGGGAGGUCACGUUCCAGAUCGCCCUCCACAAGCUGGAAUCCGGGCUCCUCUUCGGCAUGUCCGACCGAGGGGACUUUGUGAACGCAGACCUGGCCGUCCUCUGGAGCAACGGCAGCCACUCCUUCUUUGCCGACGCCUGGAGCGACCAGGACGGGCGACUGCACAUGGAUCCCCAGCAGAGCUACCAGCUGCUCAGGGCCUGGAAGACAGCCGAGGGCCUUUCCCUGAUCUUUGAGAGGCCCUUCGACACCUGCGACCCCAGGGACUACCUCAUUGAGGACGGCACUGUGCACCUUGUGUAUGGGAUCCUGGAGAGACCGGUCCCUUCGCUCCAGGCGGUCAACUUCUCUGCCCUCCCCUACAAGGGGCUGCAAAGGGUGCAGCUGCUGAAACCCAAGGUCAAGGCCCCCCCACUGCCUGCUGAUGUGCAGACCUUGGAGGUCCGAGCCCCUGACGUGGAGAUCCCCGGCCAGGAGACCACCUACUGGUGCUACAUCCAGGACCUCCCAGAUGGCUUUGCCAAGCACCACGUGGUCAUGUACGAGCCCAUCGUCACCCCGGGGAACCAAGCGCUGGUCCACCACAUGGAGGUGUUCCAAUGCGACGCCCACUUCCAGACCUUCCCGCACUACAACGGGCCCUGCGACGCCAAGAUGAAGCCGGAGCGGCUCAACUACUGCCGGCACGUCCUGGCCGCCUGGGCGAUGGGGGCGCAGGCUUUCUACUACCCGGAGGAGGCAGGCCUGGCUUUUGGAGGGCCCGGAUCCUCGAAGUACCUGCGCUUGGAAGUCCACUACCACAACCCCCUGGAGCUUAAAGGCCGCCGCGACUCCUCGGGCAUCCGGCUUUAUUACACGGCCUCGCUCCGACCCUAUGAUGCCGGGAUCAUGGAACUGGGCCUGGUGUACACCCCGGUGAUGGCCAUCCCGCCCGGAGAGACCCAUUUUCACCUGACGGGCUACUGCACAGAUAAAUGCACCCAGCUGGCCUUGCCCCCCGCCGGCAUCCGCGUCUUCGCCUCCCAGCUGCACACCCACCUGAGCGGGCGGAGCGUGGCCACCGUCUUGUCCCGGGCCGGGAAGGAGCAGCAGGUGGUGAACGCGGACGGGNNNNCUUCCGCUUUCUUCCAGGAGAUCCGCAUGUUAAAAAAAGUGGUGUCUGUCCUCCCGGGGGAUGUGCUGCGAACCACCUGCACCUACAACACGGAGGACCGGCAGAAAGCCACGGUGGGGGGCUUCGGCAUCAUGGAUGAGAUGUGUGUGAAUUACAUCCACUAUUAUCCCCUGACGGAUCUGGAGCUGUGCAAAAGCGCCAUCGACCGGGGCUACCUGCAGCGCUACUUCAAACUGGUGGACAGGUUUGAUGACGAAGCUGUCUGCACGUGCCCAGAGGCCUCGGUCACCCAGCAGUUCUCCUCUGUGCCCUGGAAUUCUUUCAAUAGAGAAGUUCUGCAGUCCCUUUAUGACUUUGCUCCAAUUUCUAUGCAUUGCAAUAAAUCCUCAGCUGUCCGUUUUGCAGGCGAAUGGGAGAAGCAGCCCCUGCCCAGGAUCACAGAGCCCCUUCUGGAGCCGGCCUCCCCCUGCGAGCACUACUGGGGCCGCCCCCCGGGCUCCCCCACCCUUGUCCAGUUUCCCACGCCAGGGGCCGUUUAAGCUGGACCACGAGCAGCUUCGACCCCAGCCUGGCCCAGGACGGAUUCCCCUGCAGGUCAGCAGCAGCCAGAGAGGAUGUUCUUCAUUUUCUCCUCCCCUCCCUCCAGCUCCUCUUUGGCCUCCCAAAAAGAGCAGCUCUCCUGUCAGGGCAAGGGGGGGGGCCUCCACUCCCGCGGAGGCGUCACAAAGAAGUAGCCCUCCCCUCCCAGUGCAGCCUCCCUGGAACCAAAGCCUUGGCAGCCCCUUCCUGUCGAGGUCACGGUCGCUCGAGUGCCUCUGCAAGAUUCACACCCAUGCCCUUCAGCGAUGUGCCACCCAAAGUUACUCCUUGCCACGGAAGGCCCCUGGUCCUCUCAGUACAUCAAGGGACACCCCCCCCCAAGAUGGUCACCCCUUCCCUGCUGAGGGAGAAAAUCCAGGACCGGUGGCCCAAGCCUGGCGGCCUCCAUCCUGGCCCAGAGAACCGCUGGCCUGCAGAGUCCCUGCCCAUCCCGGUCCAGUCGGCAGCCGCCUUCAGACCAUCAGUUCUGGAGCAGAGACGGACCCUGGAGAAGGAGGGAGGAGGAAACAACAGAAUCAGUCCCUGGCAUAUGGGUGUGACACCGCCCCCCCAGCCCAAGGUCCCUGCCCCCCCCCAAGUCCAGCCACCUCUCUCUAGAGGAUUGCAGGAAGCCUGAGGCUGCUGAGCCGAACAUCAAGGCAGUGGUAGGAGAAGAGCAUUGGGUUUGGCCCUCCACCCACCCACCUCCCUCUCUCCCUCCUUGGCCCUUCUGUCUUGCCGGUUGAAGAUGCAGGUAGACUGCUGGGGUGGGGGGUGGGGGGUGCUGCCACACCAAUCUUUGAAGGGCAGAGUUUCAUUGGAGCCCCUCGUUUGCACUGGCAAUUAGCAAUCGCAAGUACAGGAGCCACUGUGGAAAGGAAGGAGCAGGAAAUUCUCCUGAGAAGCCGAAGCAGUUCUGGAGGUGGGCUUU